AUGAAGACCUUGAUUGCCCUCAUUUUGCCCCUGCUCCUGCCUCUUGCCAUUGCCCAGAUACCCCACUGGGGGCCCUGUCCAGAGCCCGCUGUCCAGCCAAACUUCAUCUUGAAGAAGUUCCUUGGGAGGUGGUAUGAAAUUGCUAAGCUGCCGGCGCAGUUUGAGAAAGGGAGGUGCAUCGAGACUAAUUUCUCAAUGAAAGCAGAUGGGACCAUUAAAGUAUCAAGCUCAGAAAUACUGAAGGGAGAGCUGAGGACCCUCGAGGGGACUGGCGUGGUGGAGGACAUUAAGCAGCCAGCAAAACUGGGAAUCAGCUUCUCCUACCUCACACCCUACUCCCCUUACUGGAUCUUGUCCACCGAUUACGAUAAAUCAGCCCUGAUCUAUUCCUGUACUGAUGUGCUGAGGCUCUUCCACGUGGACUUCGCCUGGAUCCUAGGCCGCACGCGCAUGCUGCCCCAGGACACCAUCAACAAAGCCAAAGACAUUUUCACCAACAGUAACAUUGAUGUCAGCAAGAUGAUCGCAUCCAGACAGCAAGGUUGCGACAAGGAAAUCUGA